GUCUCCCUUCUAUAUAUUUGCCUUCCGAUUAACCUUAACUCUUUUGGCUAUCUCUUGUUUAAUUGCUAGUUGCUGUCAUUUCCUAAAAGAGUUUUGGUUUGACCAUACUGAGCGCAAGGCUAGAAUUACUGGUGAUUAUACACCGCUGUCUAUGCUGUGGAAUAUUUUGCUUAUACUGAUAUUCAUAGCUUUGCAGUCAAUUCGCACCAAAAUUUCUCAUGUUUUUUGUGAAUUGUACAUUUUCAUAACGGCAAUCUCUUUAGAGGCAUUGACAUUUCUAUGGAUCGAACAUCCAAAUCUGGUUGUUUGGAAAUUCACCCAUCUGAUUCCUUACAAACUCUGCUUGACCGCACUUACGUUGGGCAUUGGUUUUAUUAUCUUCAUGUUUUUUAGUAUGAAUCCCCUCGAGUUAACGGGAAUAAACCACAUAUAUAGCAGCUACAAAAAAAUUUCUCUAAAUACUUCAAGAUCAAAAAAAACACAAAGACUUUAUGAUCACUAUAGACAUCCAUCUGUAAUCGGCCUAAUUUUGGUUAUGUGGUCUUCGCCUACAAUGACGGUUGACAAAAUCAUCCUCGCGUUGAUGCUGCCUUUGUACUAUCUGAACAUAAAUAGCGUCGACGAACAAGAUAGCCAGUAUGUAUCGUCUCGGUUGCAGAAGACCUAUUUUAGAAUUCAAGACUACAAUCCGUUAAAAGAGUGACAGCGAUAAAACUCAAGCCACGAGAGAGCGUUUAAUGUAAAAAACCAGCUAAUGCGGUAUAAGAAAAGGAAAAACAAAUUGCAGGGUGAUAAAUCAAAUUGUUUAUAAGCAUGCCGCCGAUAUUUCGAAAUAAAUAGAUUAUCAA